UGCUCAGAGGCGGCUAGUUUAAGUUGCAACAACACGGCAAUGCACCGUGCUUUUUUUUUUUUUUCCAGCCAAGCAACAUACUCGCCUAUAAAGUAAACGACACAGCAUUGGAAUUUAUAUUCAAACAUUGCCACUGGAGGCGUGCAGAGUUUUGCGGUGGUUUCGGCAAAAUGCUGGUAUUAGGCUUCAAGCUAGCUCGCUAGCAACGAGUGGUUGCCACUUGUUGCUAAUCAAGCAGAUUAUCACCUAGUUGAAUUUUGAACAUAAUUUGACUUUUUGUGGGGUUUAACUGGACAAACUCAAAAUGUCUCCGUGGGAUACUAAUGCAGCGAUUAAAAGGCUUUUGCGAUUUAGGCAAAAUCAUUUCGCAGCAAAGCGUUUCUUGGCUAUUUACACUUCCCCUAAGAAAUUUUGAAUAUCGGGUCAGUAAUCUUCGGAUUUGCCACCUCAGUGUUUUUGAAAAGGAUCAUCCCAAAGUAUGAACACAUCCAGUGGGUCAGAGUCGUCCGACCGGCGGGGACACAAACCCCAGGGGCGUGAGUCCCACCGCAGAGUCUCACGGGAAAGAGGCAGAGCCAGUGGUCGUGAAGCUGACAUCUCUGAGAAGAUCAACACACUUUUUGACACUUUGCAGGACACCAACAGGAAUUUGACCAAGGUGGACCAGAUGCUGGGCCAGUACAGGGAGUACAGAGACGACCAGGCCGAGGCCAUGUCUGUGCUAAGGGGUAACCUGGAGGAGUCCAUCAGCCAGCUGCAGGCGCAGAGGCUGAGCAGAACCGACGCUCACAGUGCCUCCGCCUCCAGCCUACAUUCCAGCGACUUAGACGCUCGCACCGGAUCAGAUGGUCAACACCUGCACCCAACUUCUCCACUGCGAGACUACACGGGAGCGCCGGGGAGGAGAAGGAGGACGAGGUCUCACUCUGCCAAUGUUCGCUUCAAAAAUAGCAACGUGUCCGUAGACGAUAUCCACACUUUGCAUCAGUCCUUGAGGGAUCUGCGAUGUGACCAACAGAGAAUGUCUGUGGACCUGGAUCAAGAAAUCCACCGGAGAAACAGGUGUGACGUUGACACCAGGAGAAAAAUAGAAAGCCUCUCAGAACACAUGACCACGACGCAGCGGCUCGAUUCUCAUGUGGAGGGACACAACGAGAGAGGAGACGCCAUAACGUCCAGACUACACAAUGCAGACCGAGAGAAGUUGAUUACGGAGCAGGAACUGGAGAAAGCUAGAAGACUUCUAGAACAGUCAGAGGACAGCCGAGAGUCCCUUGUUCAACAGGUGGAGGACAUGCGAGGUGAGCUACAAAGGACCAGGAAGGAGAAAACCGAGCUUCAAAGGGUCUGGCUGCAACCUCCUCAGCCCACUCAUGGACACUAUACUGCAAAGGACGAGGGAAGGUUACGAGAUGGUUUGGAUCUGGAAAAAGAGGUAGCAGAAUUACGAGCUCAGCUGCGACAGACCUCUGCCAACGGUGAGAUAGAAGAACUGAAGAAGGCUGUUGAGCGCAAGGAGAGAGAGCGAGUACAGCUGAGAUUACAGUUGGAGGGCUUGUCUGCAGACCUGGCACGGCGGGAGCAACAGCAGGUGCGAAUGCUCGAACAACUGAGGGACAUGCAGAGUCGAGAGCAGGCAAAGAAGACUGAGACUGAGGCGUUACUCCAGGAGAGCAUAAGAAGCAGAGAUGAACUGAAGAGCAGGGCCCAGAAGGCCGUGCGCCAAUGGAGGGCAAAGUGCACUCGACUGCAGAAGGAGCUGGAGGAAUCUCUGGUCCACGUUCAGCUGCACAGUGACAAGACAGCACAGGUAGCCAAAGAGAAGGACAGCGCCCAGACUCAGCUGAAGGCACUGAGCCAGCAGGCCGAGGCCACCCACAGGGAACUGGCUGAAAACCUGCGACGCUUGGCCCAGCGUGAAGAGGAGCUGCACCGCAAGGAUGUGGAGCUGUCUGAGACCUGCCAGCGACAGUUGGCUCUUGAGCAGGAAAUACGAGAGGUGAAAGAGGCCUCAACCGUCCUUCAGUCCGAGGCUCGGCGUCAGUCCGACAUCCAGUCAAGACUGAGAGAAAAUAACCAAAUACUCGUAGAAAAAGUCGACGUGCAAACCCGCCUCUGUCAGAGAGAGCAGAAAAAGCAGGCUGAACUCCAAAUCACGCUCAAUCAGAUGGCCCCGGCCCAUGCCCAGCUAGCCCAGCGCUUGGCGGAGGAAGAGGCCUCCAACAAGGACUUCCAGAAGGUGGCGUUGGAAUGGCAAGCCAAGCUGGCCAUGGCCCAGGAAGAACGGGACACACUAAGGCAACAGCUGCAGCUGGAGAGAGAGGUGCAUCAAAAAGAGGUGGACCACCUGAAGGCCUUGAUUGAGGAGGCCAGGACAAAGAACAUGGACAUGCAGGACAUAGUCCGGGUUUGCCGCCAGGAACGGGAAGAAAUCCAGGCACAGCUACAUAACUUUAAGGCAGGUGCAACGUCCGACAAGAAGUUGUGCGAGGCGCUGAGUGUCAAGCUGGACAGGAUGAAAGAUGAAUGUGAUAAGAUGGCUGGACAGCUGAGCGCUAAAGAGGAUGCGCACGCACUCCUCCACAAAAAGUACCAACUACUCAAACUCAAACUGGAUGAAAUGAGUUCAAACGAAGGAAGACGUGUGUCUGUUUCAGAGCUUGUUAGACUGGAAGAGAAGCUGGCACAAAUGGAGGCAGAACAUGAGGCAACUCUGUCCACCAUUGGUGAUGAACUCGAUGUAGCGCUCCAUGGCCUCGGCAGGAAUAGUGAAGACAACUUACAGGCAACCAAGAAAUCUGGAUUAGUCAAAGACCCCUCCCUUUGGCUAGCAGAGACAAAGGCCAAGCUCCGCUGGCUACGUGAGGAGGCGCAGGAGCGUGCCGCAAGACAAGAGCGAGUAAGCGGGCCGAGCCUGCACAACAGGGAUCAGCUGAAAGCCCUCGGGCACACCCGGGAUGCAGACCGGGACUUUCUCCUGCAGCGUCUGGAGCAACAGGAGAAGCUGCUGCGCUCCAUCAACACUGAAAAAAAAGAACUGUUGGAGGGAAGUCGCAAAAAGGAUGAAGAAAUGAAGAGCUUAAAGGAUCGUGUUUUGGAUCUCGAGAUGAGCACAAGAUCAGCAAUGGAACACUGGAAAUCCUCGACAGAAAAACAGUAUCUGACGGACAAUUUUAAGGACUUGGAGGAGUCCCAACGGCAGAAGGACGUGGUUGAUCGGUGCUAUACCAAACACAAAGAAAUAGUCUGGGACCUGCAGCACCAGCUCGAUGAGUCCAAGCGCAAAAUCCAGGAGUACAGAGAGGACAAACUGGAUGCGUCUACCAGGAGUAUGAGACUAGCUGCUCUGUCUUCCUCCAUCAUGAGCCCCAACACCUUCAACACCUCUGUGAGAUCCAACACAAUGUCGCCCCACAAACGUCUCACCAGUUCCGACCUGGACGACUACGAAGUCAACGUGGCCAAAUUCCUCACAGAUCGUCCACAGCUCAACCACCAGUGAACUUUUUGGGAGGUUUUUCCACACGCACUGAACACACUCUUAGAGGAACUAAAGGGAAACUAGACUGUCCUUGGACCGCUCAACACUGAAUCCUCCUCGACUACCUCAGACACACAACAACUCGCCGUGACAACACAAAACUCAUAUUACCAAUUUAAAUAAGGUAAGUUAUUUAUGCCAAUAUUUUAAGUUACACUAACAAACUUUUUUCUAUUUUAUAAACAAAUGUCAACAUA